CUAAUCAUACUCAAUUAGCUUCAGCUUUGACUGGCUCCUCUGUUACCAUGACAACCAGGUGAUUAGCUCACCUGGCUGCAGGGGAGAAGCUUUUCCUCCAGACAGAGAAGACAAAGGCUGUUUGUACAUCAUCAACAUGAAAACUGCUGCUUUUAUUCUUGGACUCGUCUUCAUCUACUUGGAGUUUACAGAAAAAAUAACAUCUGAGGGUCAGCUGGAAGGUUUUGAUGACACUGUUGUGAAGUCGGCAUGUCGAGAUCGUUACCUGUGGAUCCACGUGGCCUCAGGACAGGCGCCCCGCUUUGAGGCUGUAGAUGAAAAUGGUGUCCACUCUAUCAGCCAUCAGCUUGCCUCACACUGCGGUUACACUAUCAGCUCCUUCAAGAUGGAUGGAUACACCACCUUCAAAGCUUCAUACUAUUCCUGCUUCACCUACAACCAGAACGACAAGGUGUUCACCUUCAAAUUUAAUGUGAUGGUACUUGAUGCCGGUGGCAGGUGGAUCAGCUGGCCUGUUUCAGCAGUCUGUUCUGGUCUGAAGUGGACUCACAGAGAGAUCAUCUGUGAGGAGGACUACAUGGAGGUGAACGUGAACAAAGAGUCUUCAUGUGGCGGUCAGCAGGGGAGCAGUGGACCAUCGUGGCAGGCUGCUUUCGCUCGGGCUCAGAGGAUGGCAAGUUCUGUCUGGCAGCUGAUGGUCCUACAGAGUGACGGUCAGGUUUCCUCCAUGUCCAUCAGUGAAGCCCAGAGACAAGGCUACAGCCUGACCACCACCGCCCACAGGGUGGUGCUUCGAUCGCAGUACAAACAGCCGCAUGCCGAGCUGAUAAUGGUGGAUGGCGUCCCCAUGGAGGUCAUCCGGAUUUCUCUGUUCUUGAAGCAGAAGCUGAUGGUGGUGAUGAUCGAUGUGUCCAUGGCCUGCACAGUCAGUCUUGCCCCAGAUUCCGGUUCUUUCAACGGUGCUCAGCUGCUCUGGGACAUCCCCCGGGUUGUGACCCCCCUGAUUGGGGAGGGGGCUGGGUUUGAAAGUCGAAGUGUAAGCCUGGGGGUAGAGGGGCUGCUGCUAGACGAACCCACCACUGCUGCCAGAGGAUUCAGUGUAGUCCAACAAGGACAUCUGAUCCAGAUCGGGGUUCCUUUUGGGGCAGAGGGUGGCUACAGGAAGAGUUUGGUGGAGAACAACGUGUACAAGGAGAUGUAUGUGAUCUUCCUGAUGUACGAACAUGUCUUCUCUCUUCUGUAUGAGGAUGGCAGCAGCAUCGACACGAGACACCGAAUGCUAAGAGUGCUCGAUACACCACUGCUCUGCCGCCCACCCUUCAGCUUUGACCAAACGAUGAGUGACGACCAGGUGUUCAGUGUCUACCUGGGAAAUAUUCCUGCUGAUGUCCUAUUGGAGGAUGUGCAGAUCAAUGGGAAGCAGUUGAUGAUGUCAGAAGGUGUUGGGUGGGGCUACAGCAUCAGUCCUAUUGUCCACAUCAACGGUAGUCGAGCGUAUGAGCUACGGCUGCCGUUUGAGGACACCCUCGUCUAUCGGAUGUACCUGGGUCAAGGUGUGGUGCAGUACUCCAUAGACAUAAACUUCACUUUAACCAUCAUGCCCCAGAGAGCCUCCUACUACCAUCACACAUUCGUCACAGCACGAGUACUCAAUACAUUCCCUCCAGAGAUCACUGCUCAGUGUUCAGAUGGAGGACUCACCUUCAGCGUGGUCAGACCACCUCGAGCUGAGAGUCUCUGGGAGGUGGGCAUCAACCAUGAACCUCUGACAUCACAGCUAGCGGACCAAAGAGGGUACCGCCUUUACAACGACACCCAGAGAACUACUCUGGAAGUCCCAGUGUUCUCCAUCGGGUACAACUAUGAAGACAUCAACCUGUCAAACUUUUAUGGAACAUUUAAACUUGUUCUGAGAGACUCCAAAACUCUGGAGGUCCAGACGUCCACCUCCAAACGCUGCCUCUUCAAAACACAAGACAUGAUAGUCUGUUCUGCAGAUGGGACCAUGACGGUGGUGACUACUCCGACCUCCACCUGGCCUACACUGCAGCCUGAAGGAACCACUCUACUGGACCCCACCUGUGGACCCAAACAGACAGAUGGAGCCAGAGUCCUGUUUGAGUUCAAGCUAGACUCAUGUGGGACCAGAGCCAUGGUUGGGGAGUCGUACGUGGUCUAUGAGAACGAGAUCCUCCAUGACAGACAGAUGAUCGCAGAUGGACCAAACUUCAUCUCCAGAGAUUCUCAGUUCAAGUUGACGGUGAGGUGCUUCUAUCCACUCAAUGGACUCAACAGACUGUCUGUGGACAGGAUCUUCAGCUCAGCUACUCCUGGAUUUGGUUCUGUCAAAGUCUUCAAGAGCAUUAAAGCAGGUCCAGCAAAUGAACUCUCUACCAAAGACUGUUCAUACCAGGUUUCUAGAAUUGGUGACAAAACUCUGACUAACCAGAUCCAUGAGACCCCAGAAGCAGGGGGAAUCCUGCCUCCCACAAGCCUCGGCACUCGGCCCAGACCUGGAACCAGCCAUUUCAUCACAGUGCCAUCCAGACACAACAAGCUGACAUACUCUUCCCAAAACCAACAACCUUUUCCAAACCUCAAUCUCUCUCCUCCUCCUGAAGGUGUACCCGCUGGUACCCACCAAUCCCAUCCCAGUCAUCUCAUGUCCAUGACCCAGGACCAUCGUGAAUCUGGAUCUCCAACAGGUGACCAUCUCCCCAGUUAUCUUCCCAGACAUGACCAGUCACCAGACAUCAACUUCCACAGGUCAAACCUCAACACACCAAGCUUCAAUGUUGAAGUGAGAGGAGAAAAUCCAGAACUCACUAAGGCUGGGCCAGCACAGGGCUUCACUACCUCAAGCAGGAGUCCUGGUUCUGCUGUUGUUGGAGUGUUGCAUGUGAACUCAGAAAGCUCCAGUCAGACUCUAACACUUCAGGGUCUGAACAAUCUUGGUGAUAAUGUUGGCCAAAAUAAUAUCAUUAAGCCAGAUCAAAACCUGCCGAACCUUCAAGUCAACCUUUCUCUUGGCAUGCAGGAACUGACCCAACCACAUGAGGCCAGUCUGGAUUUUAGACUUUAUGGAUCCUCAGAAGGGAGGAUGGAAAUGACAAAACCUGAGGCGAUACCAGGGUACCUGCCUCAAAGUGAGUAUGACGCUUCUCAAACCUCUCUGCUUCAACCAGCCCUAAAGCCACCAGCUCACCACAGCAGAAAACUACUCCAGCCCGGUAGAGACCAGACAUACGUCCCUGCUAAUACCAUCACAUCCCAUUAUACGGUCUCCAACUUGUUUGAGGACACACGGGGAUCUCUCAUCACUGAACCAAUGUCUACUGCAACCAGCCAAGUAGACCAAAACCUGGAGAGACCGGGGUCCAUUGAGAGAAGGAACACUGAGACUGUUUAUUCAAGGGUGAAGAAUAUCCGAGUCAAACCACUGUCCAAAUUCUUUUUGUCUGUACAGCAUCCCAACCAGAAUACUUUUGUCCAACAACCAAACGUACAAAUCUCCAGUCCCUCACAGUAUGCCACUGCUUCAACAGCUGUCAGCAGGGGAGGGAGCCCCUGGGCAUCCCAACAGCUUCCUGCACUGAGACAUUCAAACAUGAGACAGGAACAUGUCCCAGAGAGAACUGGUGUGUUAACAUCAACGUCGGAAAAAGGUGUUUAUACUGUCAACGGUGACCAAACCGCAGCGAUCCAACUCAGUGAUCUGUCUCCAAACCAGCAGAAACCAGUCCAAUCAGAGGCUAAGACAGGGAACAGUGGAGCUCAAAAACCUGUUUCUUCUCAGGGAAACAUCCUUCAAGCAAAAGGACAGUCUCAUUAUGGAGUCAGAAUUGUUCCUGGUCUGCCUGGAGGAUUUAAAAAUGAUGAAGUUCAGACUAACUCCAGAGGAGGAACCGGCAGGAGAUCCUCCCUGAACUUCACACCACAUACUAUCACAAACGCUGCUGUCAACAUCAGAGACCAUCUAUCCAACAGUCCCACUGCAGGAGCAGCUGGCUUUGCUGGGUCCCACACAGAUCCUGAUAGUUCUGGUGGUUCAGAGCUCGACAGCCACACCACAUCAGACUGCAGUGGUUCAUAUGGAGCCAGUGUUCACCGAGGCAUCAUGAGAGGUAAAGAGAUCAGCUGAUGAAGAACAGAAACUUGAAUGAACAAACACAAUCUCAUUCAAUAAAGCUUCAGUUUGUUUACAUUCA